CUAAAAUCAUGUCGCACUGGUUGGGGUGUGUGAAUCUUACCACCAACCUGCGAAUUCAUUUCUUGCGGGAACUUGCGUUUGCACAAAUGAUGACCCAAUAUGGCAAGAACGUGUCAGCCUCCAUUCACACCUCAUGUCCUUCGGUCUCAGAACCACAGGCGCCGAAGCUGCCCUCAAAUUACAGGACCACAUAAGGGGAAAGAAUGUCUUGAUCACGGGUGUCACGCAAGGAGGUUUAGGGGGGGAAACUGCUCGUGUAUUAUCCCCAUAUGUGAACCUUCUUAUUCUUGUGGGAAGAAACCCUGAUAAGCUGCAGGAAACUUUGCAAGUGAUAAAGGGAGAAACCCCAUCAGUAAACGUUCAAACAGUGUCAAUCGAUCUCAGUUCUCUUCAGUCUAUCCGAAGAGGGGCACUUGAGAUUGCGCAUCCCAUACAUGUGUUGAUUAACAACGCUGCAAUCGUUCCGACUACCGAGUUAACCCGCACGAAGGACGGGUUCGAGAGCCAAUUUGGAACAAAUCAUCUUGGCCAUUUCUACCUUACAUCCCUUCUUUUGCCACGUAUCCUAUCAGCAGUAUCAGCAUCCUAUUCACCGCGUGUUGUAAACGUGUCAAGUGCCGCCAUUCAUGAUCCCAGAGUGGGGUCGAAUAUCCGACUGGAUGACCCCAACUACAUAUUACGACCAGAGGAAUAUCAAAGAAUGAUAUCAUAUAGCGUGAGCAAAGUGGCGAACACUUUGCACGCUCGCGAGAUUGCAAAACGGUACAAAAGCGAUGGUAUACUGGCAUUCUCGCUGCAUCCAGGGGGUGUUUGGACGAAUCUCGUUAAUAACUCCCCGGUGGAUCUACGACAGGAGCUCGGGUUGAUUGACGAAAAUGGAAAGGUACUGCAGCCUGAGAGAUUCAAAUCAAUUGCAGAAGGGACAUCUACUCACAUUGUGGCUGCUUUUGAUCCCUUAAUCAAGGAAUACAGCGGAGCGUACCUUUGUGACUGCCGCGUCACAGCUUGGAACGACCUCCCGGCAUGUUUGAAUGAAGACAAUGCAUUGAAGCUUUGGAUGCUGAGCGAGGAGCUCACUUCAAAGGGAUCAAUAGAGAUAGACGCAUGAGCCCAAAUCUUUGGCGAAGUGAGCAAGAACAGGCCUAUCGAACGAUCGUGUGAAAUUUCAAUCAACCAAUGUACAUGUUCAUGUAUCCAUUUAGAACUGAGAACACCUUGGUACCUUUUUUGGUCCAUAUAUUCACUUUGUUUUGCCAAUAUAACUAACCUGCCCGGGGUACACCGAUCCCGUCCAGCCGGUGGCGGACGUAUCUGUGUGCCACAAAAUCCAUUCUUGCGAGGCUGGGCCAGUCGGUAAUCUCUUGCUUGGUGCUUUUUUCGGUCACUUCCUCGUGGUUUGUCCCACCGGGAAUCAUAUAUGCUGG